AUGAAACGAUUUAUUAAAGAGAAUACUUCAAAAGUAUAUGAACGGAAUUUUUCAUUGGAAUCAUCAGAGUCCUCACAUGAUGAAACAAAUUCCGAACGAAAAUAUUCAAUACUCUCCGAGCAAGAAAUCAUUAUUAUGAAUGAGAGAUUGAAGGAUUUGAAUUUAUCAUUCCAAAAAGCAUUGAGUAAAUGUUUCUCAUUAGAUUUACCCUAUUCCAUAACGAGUGAUGACUCCCAAAGUUUAUUUCAGAACACACCGAGCAAGGCUUUAUUACCUUCGGAAGAAGAAGCCAAAACCAUUUCUUGUUCAAUAUUCACGAGAGGAUUUUUCAAACUUGAUGAGGACUCUGGAGCUUUUGUUUUAGACAAGUCUCUGAUAGGGGAGAAAACUUUGGAAGAUAUCGGGAAAGUGAAAUCAACAGCCUAUGGAUUUAUUUCUAGAGCUGAAUCAUCUGCUUCAACGCAUUACAAAGGAAAGAAUCAAAUGACAAAUCGAAAACAAUUACUUCAUAAAGAUGUGAAUGCUUACUUGGAGCAGGAAUCAGUAAUGACAGGCGUCGAAGAUAAAUUAAUGGCUCCAGUAUUGAGAAGUUCAUCAUUUUCAAAGACUGAAAAGAAGGAGCAUGAAAGGUUAUCGUCACUGUUGGAUCCCAAUUAUAAAUCAUCGGCCAUUGUAGACACUAAGGACACUGCAGGUGUAGGAUGGGCUCAUAUGGCUGCUCCAAGAAUGACACCAGAAUUAAAACAAGAGCUUCUCGCCAUGAAAUUGAAGAGAGCCUCAGAAGGAGAAGGAAAGCGGUUGAAGAAGGAAUCUGUCACUGAAGAUUUUGAUGAGGACAAUCUUCCAAAAUACUUUCAAAUUGGUACCAUUGUAGACAAUGCUAAAGAAUUUUAUAGCGAUCGUGUGGUGAAGAAGAAGAGACAACAAAGCUUUUUGGACGAACUUGUUCAGGAAGACAAGGAGACAGGUUAUGUUUCUCAAAGAUAUUCACAAAUUCAAGACAAACUUGACCAAGUUCAAAAACGAAAGAAACGAAAACUCAUGAAAAAGAUUGCAAAAAUGAAUAAGGAAAAACCAACGAAAUAA